ACUCUCUUACAUCUCUCUCUCAUUCCAAAAGGGAAAGUUUAUCAUUUUGUCCGAAUUCCAAAAGCCAAUACGUGAUGUAUGGUUUUAAUGCAAGCAAGAUUUAUAGGUGGUGUCCAUGGAGGGCAAGAAUAACAGAGGAACAAGAACAAGACAUUUUGGUCUCAGCUCUCAAGCACGUUGUCACUGACGGCAUUCAAGGUCUGACCCCACAACACCAUCAACUACUGCAACAACAACCGGUCCCACCUGAUGCUGCUACGUCCUCAUUGCCAUCAACCAGCAAGAGGAGCUCGAAGAAGAAGAUGAAGAAUGACAAUGAGAAGAGAUACAGGGGAGUGAGGCAGAGGCCUUGGGGGAAAUGGGCGUCUGAGAUUCGAGACCCGAGGGAAGCGAAGCGCAAGUGGCUAGGUACGUUCCUGACGGCGGAGGAGGCUGCCAGGGCUUAUGAUAAGGCUGCCAUCGAGUUCCGCGGACCCAGAGCUAAGCUUAAUUUUCCAAUGUCAGACUAUGUGGGAAAGCAAAGCGAAGUCGAACAAGAUCAGCAUGAAGAAAAUCCAAAUGUUAAUGCGGAGACAAUGAUUGAAAGCGAGGCACAGAGUGUGGAAGUGGUAGAGAGCAGUGACGAAGACAAUAAGCUUUCGGAUUGGCUUACGUCGGAGGAACUUGACCAGUUGUUGAAGGAUUUGAAUGAUUAGCCCAUGUUAUUAGAGCGGGAAAUCAGAUGGAGCAUCGGAUUAUGUAGACUUUAGGAAAAAGGAUGCUCUGAUCUCCGUAGUAAUUCAUGCCCAUUUCGUCCGUAAUAUAGAGUCGAAAUGACGGUUCU